GGGGAUGUCGUCGAGUCCCGCACACUACCACGUUGCCCCCCACCGUUACCACCAGGCUCAAAAAUAAGAUCAGUAUUGACAUAGGCUGUAUUGAACGGGGUACCGGUCAAGAAACUUUUCGAUUACUGACGACAUUAUUACGGCCCCAUAGAAGUUUUGGAAUAUUUCAGUGGCUUAAAAAAGAAUCUAAUUUCUAGAAAGGUCUAGUGUAGUUCUUUAAAUUUUGUGCCAAUCGCCGUUUAAGGCAAUGCUGUCGAACUACGUUCUUCACGCACACAUAGGCACUUGAUCUCGCUCGUCUCGCAUCGCGCUCGCUCGUAGCGUGUGGUGUAUUCCUACGCGCUCCACAGAAAGCAUUUCUUGAGGGCAAGACAAACACUCAGGAUGCAGGGCCACACUAUUUUUCUAUUUUAGACCUAUUCGAGCGCGUUAUUUGUUUUAAACGGCAUGGAGGUGGAUAAAGGCUAUACUCCCCGACUUCUUAAAUGUAAUCCAUUGGAAAAUAAGGAUGAAUUCGACGAGAAGUGUGAUCGUGCCUAUAAACAUGUCCAAAACCUUAUUGCUGGUCUGUCUGAAAAAGAAAGCAAUGAUGUUCUCAAUAAGGCAGUGUCAAAUAAUGGCCAUGACCAAGUUUCCCUCGGUUUGCUUGUUAGCAUCCUCAUCGAUCCACCACAUCUUGCUACUAAGAGCUUCCGGGACCUAAUGUUGAUACAACGUGAUGGCUUCGGAGUUGUUUUAGUCCAUUUGAAUCGUAUUAUGCAUGAAUGUUAUCUUCGCCUACAAGAUAUAGUGCGAACUCAAGCAAUAUGGCUCUUUGGAGAAUUAAUCAGGACAGGCGUUGCGAACGUGGACAGUUUAUGCUUUACUAUGCUUCGUCUGUGUGCUGGUGGUGAUCUUUCACCAAGGAACAUCAAUCACAUUGAUCAAGUGCUUUUAACUUUUGAAAACAAUAGGGGCUGGCUGGACAAACACCCUGAUCAGCUACGAGCUGCAGUCUUCACAUUUUUGAGACUUCUUGAAGACCAUAAUCAUCCAUCACUUGCAGCACUCAAGCAAAGAGAGGUUACUUUUGUUGUCUCACUUAUAAGAGAGCGCUUUGCUGAGUGUAUGUUCAUUGGCCGUGACUUUGUUAGGCUCUUGCAAACUGUAGCUAGAAUACCACAGAUUGAACAGCUAUGGAGAGACAUUUUAAACAAUCCUAAGUCAUUAUGUCAGACAUUUACUGGUAUUCACCAACUGAUGGUAAUACGGACUGGGAAAACUAUGCUACGUUGCCGCCUUACUCCUGACAUGGAAAACAAAAUCAAUUUUCUUCUUCUAAGUGUAAAAUUUGGACACCAUAAGCGAUAUCAGGACUGGUUCCAGAGACAGUAUUUGAGUCUUCAAGAAGCACAAACUCUAAGGUGUGAUUUGAUACGCUUCAUUGUUUGUGUCAUACACCCAUCAAAUGAUAUUCUUUGUUCAGAAGUGAUGCCAAGGUGGGCUGUUAUAGGAUGGCUACUUACUACUUGCACAUCAACCACCAUAUCUAGCAACGGGAAGCUUGCUCUCUUGUAUGAUUGGCUCUUCUUUGACCCUGAAAGAGAUAACAUUAUGAAUAUCGAACCCGGAAUUCUGGUAAUGCACAACUCCUUGCGACCACAUCCCCUAAUCACUGCAACUCUCCUCGAUUUCCUUUGCAGGAUAAUUCCUGGGUUUUACCCUCCUUUGACCGAAAAAGUAAGACAAGGGAUUAAUGCAUCUCUUCGCUUAAUUCUUGAGAAAAGAGUUCUACCCACACUGUACCAUCUGUUUGAUAAUAUCAAGCUAGAUCUUGAACUAAGGAACAACUUAAAGUCAUGCUUCAAAGAGUUUUGUUUUCCACCUGCAACAAUCAAAGAUUCAAUUGGUGGCCGGGUUGAGGGCAGGAGUCCUGGCGACUUAGAUGGGAGUCAUCCUGGAAAUAAUAAUAAUCAUCAUGGAAGCACAGAAGGUGAGCCAGCCUUCAGUGAUGAUGAGGAGGCAGAAGAAAACGAUAUUGAAAAUGAAGUGGAGGAAAGCGAACCAGCUGCGGGCAGCUUAGUUCGCACACUCCGGCGCCUCAGCCAGGAUGAUGAUGAAGAUGAAGAUAUACCUCUUGCUAAGGUCAAACUUAAGAAAGGAAAAAGGGGAGCUGCAAAGAACAAUAUUAAACCUGUCUUAGAAGGGGAACUUAGAAGUGCUGCAGAAACACUUCGGUCCCAAGCUGACAAUGAUACAAAGUGUCAAGCUAUGGAGAGGCUGGUGCAGUGUAUUGUGAGUGAGGGUGAGCUAGGAAGUGAAAUUAAUACAGCUCUUGCGUCGUGUUUGUGUGUUUCUUUCAAAGACCAACUAGAAGGAAGAAUUUUUCCCAAAGAAUCAACUCAAGAAACUGUGGAUGAGAGAGUGUCAAGACCAUUUUUUGUACUCUUAAAGCAGCUUUAUCAACUUUCUCAAAAAGAAGAUAAAAGAAGGCACCCAUUAUUUUCUAUCCUUUUAGAGAUGUAUAAUAAAUAUCCCAGAAUAGGUUACUUAAUACUUUUCUACCUCAAAACCUGCAAACCAAGUGAUAAAAAAUCCGCCUUGUAUAAAGACUUAUGUGGUGUUCGCAAAAAAAGUGAGGAAGAAUGUUUGUUACUUGAUUUAGCUCUAUGCCAAGAAGAGGAUGUGACUGCAUUGUGCUGGCUGGUUCCAGAAGUAUAUGGACUUUACCCUGACAUUGUUGUUGGGCAUCCAGAAGUGCUGCAUAUAAUUGUAGCAGCCAUUGAUGCCCAACAACUGCAAGAUAUUGUUUAUUUAGUUCUCCAGGGUGAAUUGGAAAUGUUCCGACAUGAUCAAUUUGCUGCUCUUCUUCUGGCAUCCCUGAGUUGGGAAACAGUGGAACAGUGUUGGCUUUGGCAAUUGGCAACAGCUCAUGAAGUUCCUCUUGAUAUUUUGUUACCCGUGUUGCCAAAGCUUGAUUUCACUCUACAUCCAGAAGCUUUAUCUUCAGUUAUGCUAAUGAUGAAAGAGGAAAGACCAACUGCAGAGCUGAUGAGGAAUGUAAUGUCCCGUGAAGUCAAAGCCCCAAAGGAUGUUUUUGUUGUGUCUCUUUUAAAACACUGGUGUCGUAAUCAUGAAGAGAAAGUUGGAGAGCUCGUUGCUGGACUUUUAAGUAAUCGACAGCCCAACACAUCACCUAACAAACGGAAAAGAGGUGGUGCUCGUGGUGGUGGAGGAGGAGCAGCAGCUAGUGGCCCACAACUCAGUCCUGACCAAGUAUUGGGCCACCUUGAUCAUCUUCGAGCAAACAGUGGCAAUUCAUACCCCUUAUAUGCUCUUGAUUCAGUUCAAAAAGCUCUGCAGCAAGUGCAGAGUUCAUGUACGGACUCUCAACGCAAAGUGUUCAGUGAGCUAUUUGCCUUGGCUGAGACUGAAGAGGUAGAGAGCAAGUCAACAAAGACUGGAAAAAAGACUGCAAACAACAGUUCCACAAGUAGAGGGAAGACCAAUACUAGAGGAAACAGACCACCAUACAAAGAGCCAAUUACCAGUGAAGAAAGUAGUGAGGAGGAAGAAAUAGUAAAAGCAAAGCAGCCGAAGAAAAGGAAAAAGAAUGCAGUGGGAUCAGAUAGUGAUUAAGGACAAUAUAAAGGAAAAGGCAAUAUAGAAUAUACUUCACAGCCUGCCUCCAUCUUUUAUCUGUUUGUUUGGAGGUGGUUCAAACUAACUCUGUCUAGCUCUAUCAAUAGAAAUUUCUGAAGAAGGAUCUUUUGGUGUGUACUGGUACUUGCCUUACAAUUGUUGGACCGAAUCAAAUGUUUCUUUUUUUUGUUUCUUUGAUUUUUAGAGGAGGCAGAGAAUUUCAAUACAUUGAGCCAUCUCUUUGGACACUCAUUAUACUGUUAAAUUACUGUAAUAUAUUUGUAAACAUUAUUAUGAUAAGAUAUUUCAAUGAACUGUAAAGUACUGUAUUUAUUUGAAUUCAAGCCCUUAUGUUUUUGUAUGUGAUAUUUAUGUGGAGCUCAUCUGGUAUUUUGAAAUACCUUCAUUAUCGACCAGUCUGUAUUUUGCAGAUUUUUAAUCUAAUUUCUGAAGUUGACUGGCUUAGGGACUCAUAUUGUUCAUAAUUUUCCAAGCAAAAGAAAUAGGUACAGAAGGAAAGAGUGCAAAUUCCUUGUUUUAGAUCCUGUUGUCAUAGUAUGACUCGAAUCAUGUUUCAUUAUUAUUUUAUCCUGUAAUUCAGUAUUAUCAAAAGAAGUCAAAGCACGGCCUCAUUGGGUCCCAUCCCACUCAGCAUUCCAUGUGUUCUCCAAAGUGUGCUGUCAGAUUUAGUGUAUAUGAUCUAUCCAGUAUUUUACAAAGUGCCAGAGUGUUUGAUAUAUGUAAUUGAAUUGUGAUAAAUUUAUUCUUCAUAGAAUAAGUUGGUUUGUGGUUCUGGGCUCUAAAAUUAGAAUUGGCUUGAAUUCUAAUAAAUAUGGCAAAUGAGUGUCUAGUACAUCAGUACCUGAUACAUUAAUGUUCCCAUCUUGACUAGAACCAUCAUAGGUGUUUAUAUUUUAUGACCGUUGUGUGAGUCUUUCUUAACUCAUUUUUUUACUGGAUUUUGGAUGAUAUACAGAUGUGUGUUGAAUAUCCUGGUUGUAAUAACUUUGCAUUCAGAGAUAUACAGUCAUGCUUGUACAUGUGAAUAUAAUUGAGAAUUAUGUUCAUUUACAAGAAACCUUGUACACUCAUUAUUGUUAAUAAAUGCACAUACAUUCAAAA